CUGGCUUUUAAAGCAAGUCUUUUAAUAAAAUCACUUUAAGUCAUUACUCUUCCAUUUAUGACAGCAGGAGUUCGGGACUGAGUAAGAGGAGCAGAAAUUUGCCCAGCAGAAGUUGCUCUGAAUCAGAGCUCUACAUCCACGAUGUUGCCCUGUGGAACAGCUCUGUCCUUUAUUCGGUGUCUGGUGCGGAAGAAGAACAUUGGCGGCGAAAGUCUUGAGGACACCAAGUUGUGCCGAUGCUUAUCAACACUGGACCUUAUAGCCCUGGGAGUAGGAAGUACCCUUGGUGCUGGUGUUUAUGUCCUUGCUGGAGAAGUAGCCAAAUCUGAUUCUGGACCUAGCAUCAUUGUUUCUUUCCUCAUUGCUGCCAUUGCAUCUGUGAUGGCAGGUCUUUGCUACGCUGAGUUUGGCGCUCGUGUUCCCAAGACUGGUUCUGCAUAUUUGUACACUUACGUUACAGUAGGUGAACUGUGGGCUUUUAUCACUGGCUGGAAUCUCGUUUUAUCCUAUAUUAUAGGUACAUCAAGUGUAGCAAGAGCCUGGAGUGGCACCUUUGAUGAACUUCUUGGAAAACAGAUUGGUCAUUUCUUCAGUGCCUACUUCAAAAUGAAUUACUCUGGGCUAGCAGAGUAUCCUGACUUCUUCGCAGUACUCCUUAUAUUACUUUUAUCAGGUCUUUUAUCUUUUGGAGUAAAAGAGUCUGCAUGGGUGAAUAGAAUUUUCACUGCUAUUAACAUCUUGGUCCUGGUCUUCGUUAUUGUUUCUGGUUUUGUGAAAGGUGAAGCUGACAACUGGAAGAAAAGUGAAGAAUAUCUCAGAAACUUUACUGCAGUAACAGAGAACCGCUCAUCCUAUGAAAAUGUGACAAGUAUGUAUGGAAGUGGUGGCUUUAUGCCAUAUGGUUUCACAGGAACAUUGGCUGGUGCUGCAACCUGUUUUUAUGCUUUUGUUGGAUUUGACUGCAUUGCAACAACUGGAGAAGAGGUCAAGAAUCCUCAGAAAGCCAUACCCAUAGGAAUUGUGGUGUCCCUACUUGUCUGCUUCAUGGCCUAUUGCUUGGUUUCAGCUGCACUGACACUUAUGAUGCCAUACUAUCUGCUAGAUGAGAAAAGUCCUCUGCCAGUAGCAUUUGAAUAUGUUGGAUGGGGUCCUGCUAAAUACGUUGUAGCAGUGGGAUCCCUCUGUGCUUUGUCUACAAGUCUUCUUGGAUCCAUUUUCCCAAUACCACGUGUAAUCUAUGCUAUGGCGAAGGAUGGGUUGCUUUUCAAAUGUCUAGCUCAAAUCAAUUCCAAAACGAAGACCCCACUAGUUGCUACUUUAUCGUCUGGUGCAGUAGCAGCUGUAAUGGCAUUUCUGUUUGACCUAAAGGCUUUAGUGGACAUGAUGUCUAUUGGCACACUUCUUGCUUAUUCACUUGUGGCAAUCUGUGUCCUCAUUCUUAGGUACCAACCCACCUAUGAGGAACCAAAAUACUCUCCAGAAAAAGCAGCUUUGGCUGCAGCUGAAAGGGAAUCUGCAGUAAGUGAGUCACAGAUAAACAUGAUAGAAGAGAAUCACUUCCAUCUUCAGGCCUUGAUUAAUCCAUCCAGUUUACCGACUGAGCAGACUGCAACUAUAGUUAACUUCUUAGUGAGCCUCUUAGCUUGUUUGAUUUGUGCCUUGAGUAUCCUCAUUACAUAUGGGAUUCAUUUCAUUGCUAACUUGGAGCCCUGGAGUAUUGGCCUUCUUGCUUUAUUGGUGAUAUCCUUCGUAGUUACCAUUCUCCUCAUCCAAAGGCAGCCUCAGAACCAGCAGAAAGUAGCCUUUAUGGUUCCACUAUUGCCAUUUUUGCCAUCAUUCAGUAUACUGGUUAAUAUAUACUUGAUGGUACAAUUAAGUGGAGAGACUUGGAUGAGAUUUAGCUUCUGGAUGUUACUUGGCUUCCUCAUUUACUUUGCUUAUGGCAUCAGACACAGUGUUGAAGGUCAUCGUGGCGAUGGAGAUGAUGAUUCUUGUUCAGAAAAUAGUGGGAUGCAAGAAAAGAACCCAGUGGGUGACCCUGAAAAUACAAAUGAAAGAGAUCAAUUUCUUCCACAUGAAAGGACAAGUGAAUGUUAAACUCUGCAAACACACAAAUCUUUUAAACCUUCAAUUGGCAUUUUACUUGCAGACUGAAAUUUCAGAAGCUUUCUGCCAACAUGUGCCUCUUGAAAGUGUUUACGACAAGGCCUAACUGAUAUUUUGGACAAGCUGCUAAUCCAUCUUCAUAAUUUCAGAACUGACAGCAUGGAGAUUAAUAUUUAAAUUUUUUUUAAGUACCAUUUGGCAAGCAAAAAUUUGGAGACAUUGUUUGAAGUGUCAUCCAAAAUCACUGGCAAUCAUCAGACAAGAAGAAUUUUAGAACUGUCUGCAAGAAGUUCUGAGUAUUUGACAAUCCAUUGUGAACAUAAGUGCCUUUCAUACCUUCUCCUUAUCUUUGUUAUGUAACAAUCUAAAUUCUCUUCUUUCUGUUGAAGGAACUCAUGGGAGAUAAAUUUCAUUCAUAAAAGGCCUGGAAAGUAUUUGCUAAAUGAAUGGUAAUUGUAUGGAUUAGAUACUUUGUAAAAAUUAGAGGAGCAUUUGUUUAUGUAAAAAAAAAAGUAAUUGCUUAUCUUUACUAAUCAUGACUAUUAAUCUGUAGUCAUGGAGAACUCAAGCAGUGAAGAUACUUAAAAGGUUUUUAGUCCCUCUAAAUAGCAUUCAAGAUUUCUACUUAAGUGCAUACCUUUUCUUUGAAGGAUGCUUUUCACAAGAGAAGCUCUUUUGUUUUCUGCAAAAUCAUCUGGGAAAUAAUCUGUUGGUUACAGUAUUGACAGUGGCAAUCAGAUGUGAUUUAGCAAAUUUUGUGCUUUUGACUUCAGAAGGGCCAGAAUUUUAUCUGACUAAUUAAUUUGGUACCUACCUCCAGCAGUCAUCCAGUUUUCCUCCUUAUUACUAAUUAUUUCCCCAUAUAUUUUCUCCUUUAUACAUGUCCCAGAAUUGCUAUUGCUGAGAUUAGCAUUACACAUUGCUUCUCCUAAGAAUAAUUAAUGCAGAAAAUCCCAGCUUUUUUUUCAGACGGUAGGGGAGGCUAAAAAAAACAGAGGUCUGGGUUUUGUAAAAAAAAAGUAUCAAAACAGUAUUUCAUUGCUUCAUUAAGCCUUAAAAUGUAUGUUAGCAUAGCACUUUUUUGUGAGCCAAGCCUACAUCCAUAAAUCCAUUAAUGUGGGUAUGAUGUCUAAAUGCUAAUUUAUGUAAAGAACCAAACUGGUGUGGCAAUGGUGGGUAAACAAUUAUUUUAAUGCUGCUAAAACCAGAAAAUGUUUUUCUUUCAACAUAAGUCAUGUUAUCUGUCAAAGGCACCCAGAUAUUUUAACACUUUUUCUCAGCAAGGAGUAGGUUCAAGUCCCAUGAAGGAUUCCACAAUAUGAAGUCAUUUUCCAAGAAUAUAUUUACAAAAAAUCCUUCCUUAGAGUAAGAACUGUCUUAGACUUUGUCAUGGAGAGUUGCAAUCUGUUGCUGGUACUAAGCAUUGGUAUUAAUCUCCAUUGUUAGGUAUAAGAACUUUAGAUGCCAUGAGAGCUAUAUGUUGGUUGACAGUGAAAAGCACCUUACUUUUUAUAAUAGCUGGAAUUUUAUGAAAAAAAAAAAAAAAGAAAGAAAAAAACCAAAUUACUUAGGCUGCUUCUGUCUCUCUCCUUUUUCAGAGCAAUUAGUUGCUCUUUUUAAUCUUAAAAUUACUUCUUUCCCAGUAGUCUUAAAUCCUCAGCUUCAAAAAAAGCCAUUGCUGUGGGAGCAAGUCAGCCGUGCCCAUGUGAAGAUUUUGUGUGAUGUCUUUACAAGCCUACAGUGAAACACAGUUCUUAAAAUUCCUUCCAUAUCUCAGCAUGCGGGAAGCACAGACUUACUUUUUGCUAUGAUGGUUGAUGCCACAGAAUAGGCCAGCCAGGCUCCCAAGGCACAAACUUCUGCUGUUCUGUGCUGUGCAUGGAAGACUCCAUUCCUGUCCAAGGCCAUCCUAGAGAAUGUAUGUGUGCACACCUAUCCAUGCAUUUGCAUCUGUCUGAAAUUAGCCCAUAGCGAAUUUGAUGUACUGGUUAAAAUAAUUUCUAUAUUGCACUGGACUUUUCCUUUCAAGGGAUACUGUCAAUACAAUUAGUUUCUGACUAAAGCAACUGCUAGCUAAGGCCUCUGGAGAGAACUAAAGGAAGUAAAUUUUCUAGCUUA